AUGUCUGAUACAGAGGACAUGGAUGAGGGAGUUCAGGAGGAAGUGGAUGACUCCAAAGCCAAACCAAAGUUUCUAUCAAAUAUACAAGCACCAAAGAUUCCAGAGGGAGAUAAAGUUGAUUUUGAUGACAUUCACCGUAAACGUCAGGAAAAGGAUUUAUCUGAGCUGCAGUCACUCAUAGAGGCUCAUUUUGUUCAGAGGCAAAAAGAUGAAGAGGAACUUAUUGCACUGGUCAACAGAAUUGAGAAUAGGCGUGCAGAGAGAGCUGAGCAGCAGCGUGUACGUACAGAGAAAGAGAAGGAGCGACAGGCCAGACUCGCUGAAGAGAGAGAAAGAAAGGAACAAGAGGAACAAAGGAAGAAACACGAUGAAGAUGCCAAGAAGAAGAAAGCUCUCACUAACAUGACCCACCAGUAUGGAGGAACACAGCAAAGGGGUGAGGGCCGCAAAGGUGCCAAGAAACAGACAGAAAGAGAGAAAAAGAAGAAGAUACUGGCUGAGCGACGGAAGCCACUUACCGUUGAUCAUCUGAGUGAAGAUAAACUCAAGGAAAAAGCCAAUGAGCUGUGGCAGUGGUUAAUGGGUUUGGAAGCAGAGAAGUACGAUCUGAACGAGAAACUAAAACGCCAGAAAUAUGACAUAAAUCAGCUCCUCUGCCGAGUUCAAGAUCACCAGAGUGCCAAGGGCCGAGGCAAGGGCAAAAUGGGAGGAAGACUGAGAUAGAUGCUGACAGCCGGCAAAAGAUCAGAGUUUGCACCAAUGUUUGUUGUUCAUUUGUUUGUUGCGUAUAGAUAAUAUGAAGAGUUUCGUUGCGAAACGAGAUAACCACCAUUUUUUUAAUUGUUCAGAAAUCUCGUUUUUUUGGUUGUGCAUUCCAAUUAAUUUCAAUGCAACUGCAGUUGGUUUGUUUUGAUUUAAACCUUCAUAACUUAAAAAAUACAGCUAAGUAGCACCAUAAAACAAAAUAAUAACAUGAUAACAUAAUAAUAAACAUGUUUUGUCAAAAAUGUUAAAAAAUGGAUUUAUCUCGUUUUGCAACGAAACUCUUCAUAUUUUAAAUUGUUAUGAAUGUACAAGAAUGCUCAAGCUGUACAUUUUUGCACAGCUUUUUGAUGUCAAAUAAACUGUACAUUUGAUGAUAUAUGUGUCAACUGAUACGAAUUAUUUAAAAUGAAAACUAUAUAAAGGGCUCAGAUGCAAAACCCUCUAAGUGUCAACAUUUUCUUGUAAAUAAAUUAGCAUUUUUUUAA